CGCAGAGAGUGGUGUGCCUCCGAGUCCGGGCAGGAAAGAAAGACCACGGGCUCGCGGGGGAGUACUGGCGACUUUCUUCUACGGAAGGUAGCUAAGGUUUGUCCAAAAAGUCGCUAGAUAUGUCGCUUGGCGCUUUUUUGAAUGAAAGUCGCUAAAGAGGUCUGAAAAGUCGCUAAGUUGGCAACACUGUUCAGCAGCGAAGAAUCACGCCGCCUCUGUCUGCCUCCAAAUUCAAACUCUUGACCAAUGAGCGCAGGGCUGAUUGUCCAAUGGUGUUCUUACUUGGUGGACACGUGACCCAACAAUUCGACUGGCAACAAAAUAUCAACCAAUGGCCGUCUGACAGUGGGAUGGGCUUUACGAAAGUACAGGAUACAGGUAUCGGCGCAAGUGGUGGAUAUUCCAUUUAGGAACGUUAAGUGUCAUUGAACGUGGAAGACUAAACGACAUUCAGUUAUGGCUCUUUCCCAGUGUCUUGAGGAUUCGCCAGGCUGGCGGACACCGAGGACAGGACAGGAUGUCAACGUCAAAGAAUUGUACAACGAGAGACACCGACUCGCUCUUGAAGAGUUAGUCGCUGGCGGGGUCGAAUCCUUCAUGGGAUUCCUAAAGAAAGAGAGAAUCCCCAACUUUCUGUCGGAUGACGAGAUUAGGCGGAUUUCACGUGCAGCUGUCGUGCCGAAAUCUGUUUCUUCUAUCGGAGAUGAUUCUCAUUUGGACCAUUCUGGCACACUGGACUGCUCAUCUGUCACUUAUUUCCCUGCGAUCUCCGAUAUUGAGCCUCCAGUUUUAGAGAUGGGUUGGCCAGCGUUCACUACAGGAUCAUUCCGCGGAGUGACGCGCGCUGUUGCACACUUCCAACCAAGUUAUGGCGAGUGCAUUUAUAGUUGCAAAGAGGCGGCCAGGAAAAUGAUAAAAAAUGCAAAGGAGGUGAUUGCUAUUGUGACUGACUCUCUGACAGACCUGGAUAUCUUCCAAGACCUUCAAGAAGCAUGCACACGCCGCCUAGUCCCUGUGUACAUUCUUUUGGACCAGUCUUCUGUCCCCUCAUUCUUACAGAUGUGUAAAAACCUACAUGUACAUUUGGAUGAACUACAGCAAAUGAACGUACGGACCAUAACAGGCUCUACCUAUUACAUGAGAUCAGGUGCUCGGAUCACUGGAAAGGUUCAUGAGCGAUUCAUGCUGAUUGAUGGGAACAGAGUGGCGACAGGUUCAUACAGGUUUAACUGGACCGAUGGCAAACUCAAUAGCAGCAAUCUGAUCGAGUUAUCUGGCCAGAUAACUGAGAGAUUUGACGAAGAGUUCCGCAUCCUCUAUGCCCAGUCCCUACCACUGCCGGUGAAUACAAGAGCUCCCUCUAGUGCCAGAAACAGCGCUAUAUAUGACCACCUUGUCCUCAAACCACCUGGAACGCCUCCCUCCCACUUGGCACGAACAAUAAAGCCUCAACCAGAAUGUCUGACGAGCACUCCAGCCAGACUUCAGACCCCAGAGAGCCAACAGAUGAAUAAAGACAGAGAGAAUCGAGACAGAAAGAGUAACCCAGUUUCUGAUGCUUCCACUCUAGGAGAAGACUGGAUAGAGCAGGAGCUCAGGGAGGAAGUGUUAACCUCAGAUGAUCAUCCUUGUGUGCCGGCAAUGAACGUUUGCAAUCACAUUACGACUCACACUCAGACAGUGGAUGUGACUAUCUCUCCUACUUUACCUUCCUGCCAUAUCUCUACACAAACGGCCUGCCACACAGCAGACAUCAGUGUGCAGACAAGCACAGACACCUUGCCUCCACAAACCUCCUCCAGUAGCAGCCAGAUCAGCCACAGCGCCUCAUCCACCUCAAGCUCUUCUUCACCCAGAAAUUGCCCAAAACUACAGGAGGUGGACUGUCGCCCACCUAUUCGCCGCAACGUUGCAGUCCGUCUAGAUGGAAACCUGAGGGUAUGCUUUCAGAAGCUCACUAAAGAGCGACAGUACCACUACUCCUCGAUUCGCUCCAAGCUGGACCACAUGGUGACACUGCUCUCUCACAAGAGGGAACUGGUGGACCUCACCAACCUGACUCUGAGGCAUGGCCUACACAGAGGACGCAAAGGUCAGCAGGAUGUCAGGCAGUUUCACAGUGCACUUGACAGUGCGAUGAUGGGGACUUGGCCUAGGUCAAGGUGUCUACAGUAAAGGAGGUCUGGAGAGCGGCCUAGUGGUGGGUGAAUUGGUGUAAUCCUGCUUUGUUUUAGUAAUGCACUUUUUCGAGAAAAACACAAUCCUUUAGUGUUUCAUAGAGAAUGAAUCUAAUAAAUUAAUCAGAAAAAUAUUUUAAAUGAUCAUAUGCAAGUAUGAUGCUGUUAAAAAAGACAAAUGUGCAAAUAUACUGAUUUUGUUGUUGUUUGUUUCACUUUAAUUCUACUCAAUGUUGGAUUACAGGUAAAGGAAAAUACUAUGGUAUAAUUCUAUAUUUACAAUUGUUUUUAAAUACUGUUGUGAAAUAAACCAAAGUGCUUUUCUAUUUGGUGAUAUAAGUUUGACAUCCAAUUGUAAAUUAGUUCUUUUGUACCUGUUUGUCUACAUUUUACCAUUUCUGUUGUUAGUUUAAAGUUAAGGAAAGUUAUGAAAAUGACCCUCUUUGUAUCAUUAUUAUGGUUAUAUUCAUAUAAAAAAUGAUCA